AUGUCUGUUUCUAUUAAUAAUAAUAAACAUAUAUGUUUGCUACCACAUCUUUUACUAUCAAAGAUUGUUUAUUUCAUUGAUGACAAUAUCGAUAGAAUAUGCUUUAGUUUUGCCUGUAGAAGGUGGUACUUUGAAAGAGAUAAAUAUUUAAUAUUUAAUAGCAAUGCAAUCAGUAUCAUCGAUGAGAAAAAGAUAAAUCAUUUCUAUUUGAACUCUUUUAAAUCGAUAUUCAUUAAAUCUAUCAAUCAAAAGAGUAGAUGUACACUUCUAAUUCAAAACGACCACCACAAUUGUUACAACGAUGAAGAAUAUGAUUUUCAUAUACAAAAUCCAAGUAAACUUGAAACUAUUGAUAAUGGAAUGAAAUCGAAUAUCUAUAAAAUAAAAACAAACAUAAAGUUUAAUUCUAAUGACAGAGGCAAAGCACUAAAGACUCUUGGAAAUUGGGUACAAUCACAACCGAAUGUUGUCAAACUCAAGAAUUUCUAUCUAUCGAAAUUGGGUGUUAACAGUAGCAGUAGGAAUAACUUACUGAUGAAUAUAACAUCGUUGUCUUUGCCAUCGAAAUUCGAUGAAGCACUGUCAGCUGGCUAUUUUCCACCGAAUCUCAGGUCACUAAAGUUUGGUGAUAAAUUCGAUCGUCCUAUCAAAGCCGGUGUUCUUCCAAGCGGAUUGGAGAAAUUGAUUUUUGGUGUGAGCUUUGACCAAGCUUUGCAACCUGGUGUACUGCCAGCCACUCUCAAAUCUCUGACACUUAGAAAUGCCUUCUAUAAACCUAGUUUGCAAGUUGGAUCACUUCCAGCCAGCCUUGAAACACUGCUUUACUCUGGCCACUAUACAGAGAUCGAAGAUGUCGGUGUACUCCCCACGUCGCUUCUCACCCUGAAAGGUGCACCUCCAACAUGGAUUAAAGCGAUUAGAUCACUUUCGAAUCUCAGAUACUUGAGCAUUGAUAAUAGUGAAGAGGAACAAUUCACUAUCGAUCUUAGCGACUUGCCGGAUUCUCUCCAAACAUUGGUCGCUCCACACACAUUGAAAUCAAAGUUACCUACAUCGAUCAAAUCUCUGGAUAUCGCUGAUGCAACCUAUCAAAUGGAUGAGAUUUUCUCGUCGGCCGCCGAUCAUCAAUCACAAUAUCGUUUGGAUUAUCUGAAGAUAUGUGACAAUGGAUCGAACAAAGAAUCAUUGGAGAAUCUCGAUAUCAAGGAGUUACAUGUUUGUCAGAACGAAUUUACACCGUUGGAACAACCUAUCAAAAUUCCGUUUGGUGUUGCGACACUUUCACUUGAACUGUUUGGGGAGAGUAAAAUUGCGAUUCCUUUGUCGGUGACCAAGCUAAACGUAUUACAGAGUGAUGGCAGAUUGGAUGAUAUAGAGACAUUGAUGAAAUUCAACGACAACAACAACUCCAUCAAAGAAAUGUCUAUUGAGACAGCAACUGAUUUAUCACGUCUCGACAGUGAAAUCAUUCCGGAAUCAGUUGAAACCCUAAAACUUAUAACAACAGUGUGCAUUCCACAACCUAGAGUUCCCAACAACCUUAUACUGCAUGUCAAUGAAUAUGAAACAAUUUAUAUAAGAAAGCUGGACAAUGACCACUACAUCUUCUUUAGUCAAUCGCCACCAGACUUUCUAUCUGCAAUCGUUCAUCACUCACAACUUAAAGCUAUCUUAGAAUUAUUUUGUAACUAG